AUGAUUUUGUGUUCAAUAAGCUUUAGAUCCGCUUGGCUAUGGGGAUGUCUAACCUCUCUUGCUUUACUGGAGCUCUCCACGAAAGGGAAAGCCAGGACAGUAACGGGCAGCAAGAAAGAUACAAGCUAUCUGCAAUCGCACGCAGAUCUGAUGAGGUCCUACAUGAACUUCAGUGUAUUACCCUGUGACGACUUCUACGAGUACGCCUGUGGGAACUACCGAAUCGUGAAACCGGACCGAUACUCCCCCGAAGAGCGCUCCAGUGCGUUUGACAUUACCUACACACUGGAUGACAUCGCGGAACAGUUUUUGGGCAGGUCGGAUCUAGCGGAGUCCCUCAACGUGUCCAGCGACUUGAAGAUCGCCCAGCAAUUCUACAAUGCCUGCCUGGGGGCAGAUCUCUAUCCGUUCCCCGCUGCCGAUCCGAAUUACCUAGGGCUUAUCAGGUCGAUCGGAGGCUUCCCCGCCGUCGAUGGUGCCGCAUGGGAUGCCUCCAAGUUCAGCUGGUUCAACAUGAGCGCCCACUUGAUUAACUACGGGGCAUCGGGUUUGAUCCGCGAUGAGCUAUCUGAUGCGUAUCCUUUUUGGCCGCAAUUUAAACAGCCUCAACUGGGUUUUGACUCCAUCAUUCAGUUGGACAGCAUCGACAGCAACUCUUCGCACGCCUACCUUCUCAACGGGAAGCGCAUGCGCGGAUACUUAGAGGCCUUUCAACUGCCAGAGGAUCGAAUCGCGGAUGUGAUCGACGGAGUAUUUGCGUUCUGGCGGGAAGCGCUGGUGGCUGCUGACAAAGAAGAUGAUAGUCAGGAGUGCCAAGCUUUCAAUCUAACUAACUACUACGACAUCGUUUGGCAGGACAAUUCCACCGAAGAGUUGUGUCAUUCUUACUACGUGGAGAUCGACAAGGUUUGUGCCCGCCACCCAGAGGCUGUGGCCAACUAUCUGGCCAUGAAACUGCUCUACAAAUUCGAUCCCCUGCUGAGUGCGGCCAAGUACCAACGAGUUUAUUGCAGAACAGCUCUGCGAACUUCCAUGGCUUUCCUCUUCAACAAACUUUAUUUGGCGGAGUACUUCACCGAGGAGAAGAAACUAGAAGUGUCUGAAAUUGUACAGGAACUGCGGAAGGGCCUGCGAAGUUCGCUUGAGAAAGCCGAUUGGUUGGAUCCGGAGACUAGAGAAAAGGCCCUUUUCAAGGAAUCCACAAUACGGUCUGUCAUCGGCUCCGCGGAGGACAGCCUUCUAACUGAUCGCCUGAUUCGAGAGAUCAACCGUCUUGAAGUAGUCGAUGGUAAUUACGCUGCGACCGUUAUUAACCUGCGGCGCCUCAGUUGCGACAUCCGUCGAUUCAGCGCCCGGCACUCCGAGGAACUCCCCAAGGAGACCUUGCCACAGAUGGUUCUGCUGGCGAUGCAGAUCCAAGCUUUUUAUGAUCCUUUGGGGAAUUCUAUUUAUGUUAUGGCUGGCAUUUUACAGCCACCGAUUUACCACCGUGCCUGGCCGCUCUCCCUGAAAUUCGGCACCUUGGGUGCCGCCAUUGGCCACGAGCUCACCCACGGCUUCGACACCUCGGGAUCCCGGUUCGACGGCGGCGGAAAAUAUCGCUCCUGGUGGUCAGAGAACUCGAGACGGAGUUUCGAUAAACGCGCCGAGUGCUUUGUGGAUGCAUACAAUAAGUACCUGGUACCGGAGAUCGACCGCCAUGUCGAUGGAGAUGCGUCAGUGGACGAGAACAUUGCCGACAGUGGCGGAUUGAGCCAGGCUCUGGAGGCCUACCGCAGCCACAUGCAGCAGCUGCUGGAGGACCCCAAGCAUGACGGAUUGAGCGAGCAGUUGGCGGGACUUGACCUCUUGCCGGAGCAGCUCUUUUUCCUGGGCUUCGCUCAGAUGUAUUGCGCAGAUUUCGAGAAGGAGCACUUAUGGAACACAAUAUUGAAAGAAAAGGUGCACACUAUCGACAAGUACCGCGUUCUGGGGACCUUAUCCAACAAUGAUGACUUCCUUCAGGCCUUCAAUUGUCCCGUGGGGAGUGGUAUGCGUGCUGCCAGUGAAACUUGUCGCAUGUGGUAAUCUUUUAACUUAACAGUCAU